AUGGGAAACACGCCGUCGUCAUCUUCCCGCCAGCACGGCGGCAGCACGCCGCAGUCGCCAGCUUAUCAUGAAAGGGCAGGCUCAACCUUCGGCAGCGCGCCUGGCUCCAAUGCGAGAAGGGAGCCGCGCCGGCGAGAGUCGAUCCAGGCCCUCUCCAACGUCAAGGCCACUGCCGCCCCGCCCUCCGCCAGCCUCGAAAGCGCGACCGCGCAUUCCACGACUGCCGCUCGAGGCCCCCUCCGACCUAGCUCUCGCGGCCGAGCCCAGACGGUAGCUACCCCACAGCUGAAGGCCGAAGACGCUGCCGCUCUGGAAAGGAUGGGCAACGAACAGUCCCACCGGAAAGCCGGCUCGGCCGCCUCUUCGCCGCCCAUCGAGCCCUCCCCCCUCUCUCGCCCCGUCGAUGUGCCUGUCUUACGGCCUGACCUGUCCUCUGUUGACGCCGACUCCUCGCAACCAGAUUCAUACCACAUGGGGGCCGCAACGUACAACCGGCCGCCGCGCCUGCCGCUGCCUAUCCAAGAGGAGGUGCAUACCCCGGGCUCUCCCAUCAUCUCCCCAGCAGACCUCACCUCCCCACUCAGCCCCGAAGACGUCGACGUUGUUCUGCCACGAAGAACGUCGGUUUUGAGCAACACGACCGCCGACGAGGACGACGUGGGCGAUGAAAGUCUUGAUGCAGAUGCAGGACUGCGUCCAGCCGUACCCACCGUCAUUGAAUGGCUCGGCCCAGGCGAAAAGGUGUACGUGACGGGCACUUUUGCUGGAUGGAAUCGGAAGUACAGGCUACACAAAGAUGGACCGAGCAUGCAUAAAGACGCCUUCUCCGCCACCAUAAAUCUCCAGCCUGGCACGCACCAUCUCAAGUUUCUCGUCGACGGAGAAAUGCAGCUUUCCCCUAUGCUUCCUACCGCCGUGGACUUCACAAACAUCUUAGUCAAUUAUCUCGAGGUGUCGCCGGACGAUCUUCCCGCGACCCAACCAAGCGAGCCCGUAAACGUACCCGGAAAAGAACCCCAGUCUGACACACAACCUGAAUUGUGUGCUCCACCGGGUGUCUAUCCUCCUCAGGUUCUUCCCCCUACCCCCGAAUUGAGGCCUGUGGGAGAAAGCACGACAGCGCCGCCUGUGCCGGCGCCUGAAACUAGCAAACCCAUACCCGUAGCCCCCGCGCCCCCUAAACAGUACCAUAGUGCUAUUCCUCGCUACCUGGCAGACCUGGAUGCCGAAGAAGAUUCGUCACGAGCUGCACGAGCGAGCGCAGUCAUGAACACGACUCCAAUGCCGCCUUCUCUCCCCGUGAUGCUUAGCAAGAGCAUUCUUAAUGGCAGUACGCCAAUGAAAGACGACAGCAGCGUACUCAACAUGCCGAAUCACACUGUACUCAACCAUCUUGCCACGAGCAGCAUCAAGCAUAACGUGCUGGCAACUAGCGCGACAACGCGGUACAAGCGAAAGGUAGGGUUUUGGGGUUUCCCUGCUUGGGUAGCUUUGGAACGAGGAGACAAGGAACAAAGUUGGACUGACUGCCCAAUUAGUUCCUCACGACCAUCAUGUACAAGCCCACAAGCGACACAGGAGAAUGAGCCCAUGGCGGUCUCUCCUGGGACCAGGGGAGUGAGCAUCCAUCCAGGGGCGGGUUAA